AUGAACUCUUCUAAACAAAAAAGAUAUCGUGAGUUUAACAAGAACCGUAAAGGAAUCAAUGAUGCAUUGCAUCAAAGACAAGAAGAUAUCAAUCGAAAUUCGACAGUUACGCAGAAUCAACAUCCAAAUCUCAGUGAAGAAAUUUCAAGACAGACAUUGAACGAUGUCCAACAUCCAGUUAUUAUAGAAAUCAAUGGAAAAUUAUGUAUGCCAUUUCAACAAGAACAUCUAAAUUCUAAUAAAGUUUACAAGCAGCGUCAAGAUGAAGAUCCUUCAAUAUCACCAAUGAAUCAUUAA